GAGAAGUUUCAGCUGUCGCCUGGAGGGUACUGCUGCGGCAGGGCACCACGGUGGGCAAGGACAAAGUUCAGUCCAAUCAUCGCCUGCAGAUACAAUGUUAUCGAGUCGGCACUAGUCGGCAGAGGCCAGACUCCCUUCUUAGGCAUAGCCCGGGCAAAGUUCAGCUUCGCAUAUCUGGCACAGGUUCCGGAACUGUUAAGGAAGGUUUCCCCCCUUCUAGACGGAGAACUGGAUUUCUUUUAAGGUUGAUGUUUACCACAGACUGCUAGUACCCUAUCUAAUUCUGCAAGAUGGAACAUUGGGAUAUUGUGCCGUGCUCAUGUCCGGAACAACAGGGAAACUUAACAGAUGAGUAUACGUACAUCGUCAAACUGCAGGAAAUCGACGAAUUCAAAACAACUAUUCAAGACGUUCAGAAUAUCAAUGCCUCGAUAGACGAAGGCUCCCUGACGAUGCUACAUCUCGCAUGCAAAUUCAACAGACCAGACAUAGUACAGCAUUUGCUCUCAUUUUCCGAUCUUCACCUUAAUUUGCUUGAUAGUCAUGGCUGGACACCCCUCAUGUGGGCAGCAAGUGAGGGCUACAUCGACUGUGUUCGUCUGCUGGUUGAGGCGAAGAGAGAGUGCGUCAUUAACCUUAGGACGAAAGACAGGUGUGGCUUCAGCGCGUUCCGCCUGGCGUGCAAAGAGGGGCACUGGGACAUCGCCAAUGCUCUUUUGCUUCACCUCCUUCCCCACGAGAAGUUUGAUGACGGCCGCCUCCUUCCUAAGCUAGACGCGAGGUUAGACGGCGACCUCGCACUAGAAACCCUCUCUGGUUCGCUCCACAGACUCAGGGCUCUCGGGAACAACGUCGACAAGGCGGUCCUCCAUGGCACGCUCUUCCUGGCCAGUGAGAAGCAGGUGGCAGUUGUUGAGUCUUUACUCGCGUCUUACACCUUCGACGCCCUCAUACUGAACGAGGCCUUGCUGGAAGCCGCUGGGUCGUGUUGGUGUUCCGGUAGCAGUGUCGUCAGGGCUCUGCUGAGAGAAUGGGAGUUUCAAGGUGACGUGCUGGUCAGAGCAAAGUCCUUAGCUGAAAUGUGUUCCCAUGAUGAUGUGGUGGAGCUCCUGGAGCAUGUGGCAGCUCAUGGCGUGAUUCCGGACCCGAAGCACGAUUCAGAAGAAUUCUCCGCCCCGUGCAGAUGCCCACAGUCCGAAGGCUUCGAGUACCCGGACUACAAGCUUAGGAAAACAAUGCACCAAAUAGGGCCGAUGAAUCUCCAGUGUUUGCUAGACGCCGCCUGCUUUAUUAAGGGCAUUUCCGUGGUGAAGACGCUGCUGGACCACCGCCACAUCCACCUUAACUUCCGGGAUCAGGAAGGAUUCACGCCCCUCAUGACCGCUGCCAAGAAACAGUUCAGCGAAGUCGUCCAUGCUCUGACGCGUUCGUCCACCAGGUGUGGCCUCAACAUCUGUGCCAGGUCAAACAGGGGUGAGAACGCGUUUACUCUAGCUUACGCUCAUAAGAAAUGGAAAAUCAUGAACCUCCUCCUCCAUAAGUGCGACAGAGAAGCCACCGCUGACGAGCAGCUGAUUCAGGUCCUCGCGCAGUCCAACCUGGACGAACUUCGAUCACAACUUAGAACUCAGACUUACUCCCCAAGUGCUCUACUUGGCGGGCUCUUCUCGGCUCUAUUCUUGCGGAAUUCCGAGGCUGCGAUAGAACUUCUUCACUACCAGAGCUCCGACCUCGGAAGGCUCUGUAUUGUGGCGACCGUGGCAGCCAUGGAUGGCCAGUGGGACGCGGCGAAGGCGGUCACGGACAUUCUGGAAAAAGGGGAUCUCAGUGGGCGUCAAAUAUCCCAGCUGGAGGUCGUGCUCUGGGAAGCCGUCCGUGCCAAUGAGGUGGCCAUGGUGAGGGUGCUAAGCGACAUCCUACGAGUCAACCCUCGCACAGCGGUGACCGGGAGGUCCACGACGUCUGAACAGGAGGCCCACACGCGCGGCCACACAGACGUCGUGGCUACCUUCAACAAAAACGCUCCUCCAGCCAAACUUACGGCCGAGGAGCAGCAGAUCAUUAGGGCAAUGAAGCUCCAUGGUCGGCGAGUGAAGGAUCUCUUCAUCGCUGUGUGGGCUGGCCAGAUUGAGGAUGUGAAUAAGAUUCUGUCCUCGAGGAGCGACGUAAGCAUCUCCCUCCCUGGCUCUGUGCGUGACAUCAGGGGCGUCACCUUGCCUCACGUACUUUUUGCGGGUAUGCAAGUAAGUACGCAGGAUCCUGUUUGGGUGCAUCCCAGUGAAGUGAAGCAGUUGAUUAAGGAACAUCGUCUCUACACGAAUUCAGUUGAUUGCAAAGGACGGACUGCCCUACACCUCUUGGCUGAAGGAAAUUUCUGGGACAGACGUUACCAAGAGGACACCUCGAGCCAAAUAUCAAAUCCCUCGGGAUGGCAAGACCCUUACGACGAGCAGGCCCAGAUGGCUUUGGAGGAAGGGGUGGAUCCGAGGCUCAGGGACCAUAAGGGAAAAACCCCUCAGGAGAUCGCCUUGAACGAGAAACGACUUGAGCUCGCAAAGAAGCUAGGAGAUAAAUGUGAGGAAAUGGGUCCUCUAGAGACGCUGGAAGAGGGAGUCCUGUCUGAGAAAUUCGCGAACAUGCUGAUGGCUGCGAGCAUGGGUGACGUGGAACAAACCAUGUCUCUUCUUCAUGAGCGAGUGCCACUUGAGCCUCGGGAUGGGUAUUCUGGACCCCUUCACCUGGCACUCACUCGAGGGCAGCGUGAUGUCAUGAUGCUGUUAUUGGCUGGAGGAGCGCCAAUUACUGCCACCAGCAGUGAUGGCCUCACCAUACUUGAAGCUGCACACCGCACUCCCGACCUGCCUGCACUCUUCCCAGCCGUCAUUAGAGAGGAGUAUGUGAGGGGUAUACAUGAAGAAGUGAUCAGUAUUAAAGGUGACAGCAAGGAGGUGCCGCUUCUGAAAGCAGGUCUCCUUGAAUUGCUGAAAGAGGUGCAAAAAAAAGGACACAGAACGUCAUGGCCAAAAGAAUAUAGUCUUGGGGAUAAUUGGAGUAUGCUGACUUCAGCCGCAAGCCUUGGCUUGCCCUUGGCUAGUCAUUUUCUUGUGAAAGGAGGUGCUAGAACUGAUUUAAUUCCUAAUGAUAAAGAUCAUCCUCUGUAUGCUGCCUGUAGAUCUUCUGAGCAACAAAUGAUGGUCACCUUGUGCAGAGACCUGCAGAUCAUGCCAUAUCACAUACCCAAACUACCCGAAAAUAAGCUGCCUCAUGGCCUUCUCACACAUCUUCUGAAGAAAGAGGAAGAUGUUCUCUAUGAACUGAUGCUCAAAGAAAAAAGACGAGAAUCAAUGGUCCAGGAAUUUCUAGACUACUUAUCUGAUCUCCAAAGUUCAAAGCAACUGUGGCAUCCUUCAACUUCAACAAUGUGUCUAAUAGGAGAACUGGGAAUGGUUCACACACUUCAUGCUAUAAGGAAACAGGUUAAAGUGGACUUGGAAAUGGAACUUGAACCUGGUUCAAAGUCUCGGUUGAUACACAUAGCAGCUCAAAGAGGCCAUAAACCUCUAUUAGAAUAUUUGGUUCGCAGUGAUGUACAAACAGAUAUAGCUGUGAGUGGUGAUAUGAUGCCUGCACAUCUGGCAGCCCUCAUGGGCCACUCGAAUUGCCUCAAAUACCUCAGGCAUUUCCCAGGUGAAUCUGCCCAGUCAGCUGUUGGUAUGACACCAGACGAUAUAUUGCAAGCACAUGAUGACUAUGUUAAGUCAGUACAUCUCAACCUUGUUUCAGAUUGGGAGGAAGAUAAGAUCAUGAAUGAAAGUCGCACGGAGGUAAGCACUCGGGUGUUGCUGCGCGGCAAGUGUGUAAGGCUUGGUAUUACAUCCCCUGCAACUCUACGUCAAUGUGCACUAGAUAAGAAAGUUGAUUUCAGUGACUCACAUAACUGCCGCAUGAAGAUCACAAUAGAAAAAGAAAUGAAAAGAUUAUGUGAAGCAAUUAGUAGAGUUGACAAUCGUUACAAAGGAUAUUUGGUGAAUGUAGGAUCUGUGGCUGAGGAUGUUCGGAUGUUACUGCCUGAUGAAAUGGACUUUAAUCUUCAACUAGAUUCUUACGAUGGCUUUAAGGAGGGUAAAGUCACCAUCAAUGUUGAACAAAAACCAAAGAGUUAUAAGAGACUCGACUGCACUGAUGACGAUGUGAAAAUAAGUGUCCAAUGCAAAGAAGACCCUGAAUUGUUUAGUGGAAGUAACUUCCUGAAAUAUUUUGAAAAGGCUGUCAGGACGGCGCUACAAACGUUUAGUUUUGAAAGUCCAAACUUAUCUAUAAUUUAUCCAGGAAUAGAAAUGACGAAAGUAGGCCUUGCACUUUUCGUUACCUGGAGUGAGAAACGAAAUGAGCCACUAGUUUUGAUGCCCAGCAUAGACUUGGUACCAGCUAUACGUGUUCCAUGGCCUGAGGGUAAUCGUUUCUCACAGUUACCUGAAUAUAUACAAGAAGUAGCAAAGAACAUACCGGUAAGUAUUACAUGCUGUGGAGAUAAUGCAUGGAGGUACAGCCUGUCUGAAGUAGAAGCUAGGAUUCUUUCCAGCAUCACAGACAAACAACGAGUUGUUAUCCUAGCAUGUAAACUUUUGUGUUCUCUGCUCAAGGCAGAUUGGUGGUAUCCUAAAAAAUAUAGGAAUCACUACAUGGUGUGGGACCAUGUUUAUCUCAAGCUGAAUGUCCCUGUAUCUUAUAUCAUAAAGACGUUGUUCAUCAAGGAGUUAUCCUCGCAGACCAGAGAAGAAUCCUGGAAUAAUGAGAACUUUAUUGAACGAGUGAUGUCUAUAUUUCGAGGCAUGGUCCUCAUCAGUGAAGAUAAGGAAGUAAUCCGAGCCGAUAAGGUGCCUUCUUUUCUGCUCCCCAAUUUUGAAUCGCAAAGGUUUGGCGAUGGUGCUCCUACCAUCAUAAAGUUUCUGGAAGAUUUAGCAGCAGGCAAGAUCUGCAAUGUAGAACAGGAAAAUUUGCCACAACAGAUUCAUAUCUAUGAAAAGGAAGAGUUUGAAACAUUUGAGGAAUAUCAUAAUGUCCAUACCGUGGUGAAGCCAGUAGAACAACACAAUGUUCAUAUGAAAUAUGAAAACACAAACGAUUUGACAAAAAUUGUGUUUUCUAGUAGUGAAGACGAGGAUUUCAAUGUGCAUGAAUGAAGAAUGACCAUCUAGCAAUGUGAGUUUGGGAUCUGUGCUUGUGGUGUGUUUUAUACACUUCGAGACAUUAGGCAAGAAGUACAUUUUGUGUUCAAUCCACCGAGUACAUUAAUACAUUUAAUUUAUAUGUACAAAGAUCAGUUGUGUUCACUCUAACUGCCAAAUUGCUUUGCGCUAGAGGCCUGUGUCAUAAAAAACUGUUACUUCCAAUGCACUGCUAUUUUUUCCCUUAAUACAGAUAUGUAAGUGAUUCCUUCGAUCUUCCAAGAUCAUUGAUGUCAAGGGCGAAACAAAAGGAAACUUCUCUCUCCCUUAUUUAUAUUGGUUACCGUUUUAUUUGUUGAGAUUGUGCAUAAUUUGUCAAGUUUAAACACUAGUAAUCUUAAACGUCUUCAAACAAAGACGUUUUAGAAUGCAAAUGAUGGUUUAAAAAUAUUAUUUUUCAGCAGGUAUAAAAAAAAAGAAAAAAAAAAAGAAAA